AUGAUGAAGAAGAUUAAGAGACGACUCUCUCUUACCAUCAGAGGGAGGCAUCCCAUUGAUGAAAGUUUGUCUGAACUUGCCGAAACGCUUUCUUAUGAAGACAAUGGAAGCAUUAAGGAAAAUGGUGUUGUCCAUGAAAACCCUCGGAUUGGAUCAGAUGGUGAGAGUGAAGACAUAUCAGGAACAUCAGACGAAAAAGAUGAAAUAUCCCCUGUAAAGUUACGGGGACGGCCUCGUUAUAAUGAGGCAUUCAACAAGGGCUUCCCUUACUUACCCAGCAGGCAGCUAGACUUGGACAUAGAAUCAAUACGCAGAAAGGAGGCAUUGAAGCGUCUCUCUUUGCCUGCAGACAUGCGUCUUCCGGAGAAUUACCUUGCUCAACAGAGCAUUAGUCCAGAGGGUCAACUCAGUCGGAGAUCUCGGCGAAAAUCUCUGUCUGAAAUUGGGUUUGGAAAGAUGGAAUCAUAUCUCAAACUUGAUAAGUUGGGUGAGGGUACAUAUGCUACAGUUUUUAAAGGAAAAAGCAGAUUGACUGACAAUUUGGUAGCGCUGAAAGAAAUUCGUCUUGAACACGAGGAAGGGGCACCAUGCACAGCUAUAAGAGAAGUGUCCUUGUUGAGAGAGUUGAAGCAUUCAAACAUUGUUACAUUACAUGACAUAAUCCAUACAGAUAAAUCUCUUACUCUAGUCUUUGAAUAUUUGGAAAAGGAUCUCAAACAAUACAUGGAUGACUGUGGGAACAUCAUGAGUAUGACAAAUGUUACGUUGUUCCUGUUUCAAUUGUUACGUGGCUUGGCUUACUGCCACCGACGACGUGUUUUACAUAGAGAUUUAAAACCCCAGAACUUACUAAUUAAUGAUCGUGGCGAGUUAAAACUUGCAGAUUUUGGACUUGCAAGAGCAAAAUCUAUACCUACUAAAACUUAUUCAAAUGAAGUGGUUACACUGUGGUACCGACCGCCAGAUGUUCUACUGGGAUCAACAGAAUACUCCACCCCUAUAGAUAUGUGGGGAGUUGGUUGUAUAUUCUACGAAAUGGCAUGUGGACGGCCGCUGUUCCCAGGUUCAGCAGUUGAGGAUGAAUUGCAUUUAAUUUUCAAAAUUCUAGGAACUCCCAAAGAAGACACCUUUCCAGGUAUUUCUACUCAUGAAGACUUCCAGUCCUAUAACUUUCCUUAUUACGAACCAGAACCAUUGUUGAACUUUGCUCCAAGGUUAGAUGGUGAUGGGUUGGAUUUGCUGGAAAGGUUUUUAGUGUAUGAAGCAAGGAAUAGGAUUGGAGCUGCCGAAGCUUUAAAGCAUCCAUUCUUCAAAUCUUUAGGACCUAGUGUCCAUAAAAUUCCUGACACCACGUCAAUAUUUGCGGUUCCAGGCAUUGUUCUACACAGGGAUCCUGGCAUUCGUUCUUCCUCAGUAGCAACUUCAGGGAACCGAAGACGUCAAAACUCCAGUCUUCCUCAUUAUCCUCUCUCCAUACAGUCGAAAUAUGUCUAUCUGAUUUGCCAAAUUGUUCUCCACUUUUACUGUGAUUAA